AUGGUGAUUUCUCGUCGAUCUACUCGCCGUAUCGGCAAACAAACCUCUACUUCAGCUCGCCGUGUUCCUAUUCCGGAACGAUCACCUCCGGCGUCCCCUGUUUCCUUCCGAUCUGAUGAAAUCUCUCCCGAGAGCAUUCAUUCUCCUUACUAUCUCACAAACGGUGAUAAUCCAGGUCUAUCUAUCAUCUCUGAAUCUCUAGAUGGUUCAAACUAUGAUAACUGGAGUAUUGCUAUGAAGAUUGCUUUGGAUGCUAAGAACAAACUUGCUUUUAUUGAUGGUUCGAUUGUGAGGCCUGAUGAAUCUCAUCGUAAUUUUCGGAUAUGGUCUAGAUGCAACUCGAUGGUUAAGUCUUGGAUAUUGAAUACUGUUUCUAAGCAGAUCUACAAAAGUAUCUUAAGAUUCAACGAUGCUGCUGAAAUCUGGACUGAUCUUCUCACUCGCUUUCACAUCACCAACCUUCCGAGAUCUUAUCAACUCUCUCAACAGAUUUGGUCUCUGCAGCAAGGACCUCUGGAUUUGGCAACGUAUUACACUAGUCUUAAGACUCUUUGGGAUGAACUGGAUGGUGCUAGCUGUAUCACAACUUGUCAUCAUUGUGAUUGCUGUAAAGCCAUGGAAACUAAAGCCAAUCAUUCCAAAGUGAUCAAGUUCUUAGCUGGACUAAACGAGUCUUAUGCCGUAAUCCGUAGUCAAAUCAUCAUGAAGAAGACUCUUCCUGAGCUUUCUGAGAUCUACAACUUACUCGAUCAGGAUCACAAUCAACGCAACAUUAUGCCUGUUCAUAAUGCCUCUGCUUUUCACGUCAGUGCUCCUGCUCCAGUCUCUCCUCAAAUCAAUGUUGCUCAGUCUGGUUUACAGCCGAAACAAACUCGCCCUGUUUGUGCUCACUGUGGUUAUAAUGGUCAUACCGUUGACACAUGUUAUAAAAUACAUGGGUAUCCAGCUAGUUUCAAGCAUAAAACGAAGUCAAGUACUGAGAAGCAAUCCUCAAACAAACCUGUUACUUCUGCUAAACCUUUGGUAGCUCAGCUGGCUCUCUCGGAUUCUGCUUCUGAUGUGGUUAAGAAUCUCACUAAAGAUCAGAUUGAAGGAGUUAUUGCUUAUUUUAGUUCUCAACUCAGCUCUCAAACGCCUCAAGUGAACAACUGCAUUGCUUCUUCCUCUGGUGGUUCAAUUACUGCACUUCCUGGUAUGGCAUUUUCUUCUUCUACUCUGUGCUUUGUUGGCAUGUUGCGAGGAACGAAUAAUGCUCUAUGCUCAGAAUCUUGGAUAAUAGACAGUGGAGCUACACAUCAUGUUGCUCAUGAUAGACGGUUAUUUGUUGAUCUAUCUGAUGCAAUGAAUACUUCAGUAACCUUGCCAACAGGUUUUGGAGUUAAGAUUGAAGGAAUAGGCUGUAUAAGACUGAGUGAUACUCUAGUCUUAUCCAACGUUCUUUAUAUACCAAAUUUUCGGUUAAAUCUGCUCAGUGUAAGCCAACUCACGAAGGAUUUGGGUUACCGAGUUUCAUUUGAUCCUGCUUCUUGUAUGAUACAGGAUCUUACCAAGGGAGUGAUGAUUGGGAAGGGUGAACAGAUCUCCAACCUCUAUGUACUCGACACUGCUGAACUUACAAGAUCAAGUGAUCCUCAUCAGUCAUUUGCUUCUUGUUCUAAUGUCGUUGUUGAUACCAAUUUGUGGCAUGACAGACUUGGUCAUCCAUCUAUGUCUAAAACAGAGUUUGUUAUUGAUGUACUUGGUUUGAAACAAAGGAAUAAAGGAACCGUUCAUUGUUCUAUCUGUCCUCUAGCAAAACAAAAACGUCCUUCUUUUCCUUCAAACAACAACGUCUGUGCCAAUAUCUUUGAUCUUCUUCAUAUAGAUGUGUGGGGUCCUUUCUCAGUCUCAACUUCCGAAGGUUAUAAAUACUUCUUAACCAUUGUGGAUGAUCACAGUCGACUUACUUGGAUAUAUCUUCUUCGUACAAAAGCUGAUGUCUUGACUGUGUUUCCAGACUUCAUUAAAAUGGUUGAGAAUCAGUAUAAGGUCUCUAUAAAAGCUGUGAGAUCUGACAACGCUCCUGAGUUGAGGUUUGCAGAUUUAUACAGACAGAAAGGGAUUAUUUCUUAUCAUUCUUGCCCUGAGACACCUGAGCAAAACUCAGUGGUUGAGAGAAAACAUCAACACAUUCUCAAUGUUGCGAGAGCUUUGAUGUUUCGAUCUCAAAUUCCUUUGGAGUUUUGGGGAGAUUGUGUUCUUACUGCCGUCUUUAUCAUCAACCGUCUUCCCUCUCCUCUGCUUAAAGAUAAAUCACCAUUUGAAAUAUUGAAUUCUAAAGCAGUAGACUACAAAGGACUUCGUGUUUUUGGUUGUCUUGCUUACUGUUCUACAUCACCCAAGAGCAGAAACAAGUUUCAACCAAGAGCUGAGGCGUGUAUAUUUCUUGGUUAUCCUGCUGGUUACAAGGGUUAUAAAGUGAUGAGCCUUGACACCAACAAGAUACAUAUCUCGCGAAAUGUCAUAUUUCAUGAGGAUAUAUUUCCUUAUGCUCAGAGUCAGUCUCCUUCUUACACUGACUUCUUCACUUCUCUACAUAAACCAGUUACUAAUCCUGUUACUGGAGUAGAUGAAAGUAAACGGCUAUCUAAGUUACCUGCAAUGGAUGCUACGGAUGCCUCUUCUAGUUCCAUUCCGGUUCCUGCUGUAACUGAUAGCAAAAGGCCUUCAAAGUUGCCUUCUUACCUUCAAGAUUACUACUGCAAUGUUACUGAAUCUGAUACUGAGAUUCCUUAUCCACUCUCUGCAUAUAUGUCUUUUGACAAUCUUUCCGAGAAGUACAAAGCAUAUAUAUGCUCUGUAGCUUUAAUCCCAGAACCUACUUCUUUCAAGCAAGCUAAGAACUUUGUUGAAUGGCUUGAAGCUAUGAAUGAAGAACUUAAGGCUCUGGAGCAGAACAAUACUUGGAUUGUCGUUUCUUUACCUCCGGGGAAGCACGCAAUUGGUUGCAGAUGGGUGUAUAAGAUCAAAGUAAAUGCAGAUGGUACUAUUGAAAGAUAUAAAGCGCGCUUAGUGGCAAAAGGGUAUACACAGGAGGAAGGGGUUGAUUUUGCUGAUACCUUCUCUCCAGUUGCCAAGAUGACAACAGUUAAAACCCUUCUUGCCGUCUCUGCUGCAAAGAAAUGGAGUCUCACUCAGUUAGAUAUUUCUAACGCCUUCUUGAAUGGAGACUUGGAGGAAGAGAUAUACAUGACUUUACCUCCAGGAUACACACCAAAGGAGGGGGAAUCACUUCCACCUAAUGCGGUUUGUAAACUCCAGAAGUCGUUAUAUGGUCUGAAGCAAGCUUCAAGACAAUGGUUUCUCAAACUGAGUGAAGCUUUGAUGUCGUUUGGCUUUAAGAAAUCAAAUGCAGAUCAUACACUUUUCAUUCGUCAUAUUAAUGGAGUGUAUACUGCAGUGUUGGUUUAUGUUGAUGAUAUCAUCAUUGCUAGUAAUAGUGAUGCUGAUGUUGAUCAACUAAAAGAAGACUUGGGUAAUGCAUUCAAGCUCCGGGAUCUUGGUACUUUAAAGUACUUCCUUGGCCUUGAAAUAGCUCGAUCCAGCAAAGGGAUUUCAGUUUGUCAACGCAAAUAUACUCUGGGUUUACUUGAGGAUACUGGACUUCUUGCUUGCAAACCUUCUCUGGUUCCUAUGGAUCCGAGCGUUAAGCUUACUCUGUUUUCUAAAGAACCUGUUCUUGAAGAUGCUUGUCUUUAUCGACGUCUCGUUGGACGCUUGAUGUAUUUGACUAUCACACGUCCUGACAUUACGUUUGCUGUCAACAAACUGUGUCAGUUUACAUCUGCUCCAACUCAGACGCAUCUUAAGGCUGCAUACAGAGUUCUUCAUUAUCUGAAAGGGACUAUUGGAUAUGGCAUUUUCUACUCGGCGGAUUCUGAUCUUGUCUUGCAAGCAUUCACGGAUGCUGACUGGGCAUCUUGCUUGGAUUCUCGCCGUUCUACUUCUGGAUAUUGUAUGUUUCUUGGACAAUCUUUGAUCUCCUGGAAGUCCAAGAAACAACAAACAGUUUCUCACUCCUCUGCUGAAUCGGAAUACAGAGCAAUGGAGUAUGGUUCGCGUGAAGUUGUCUGGCUUUUGGGUCUUCUUCUCGAGUUGCAGGCACCACAGUCUGGACCAGUUCCAUUCUUCUGCGACUCCACGGCGGCUAUACACAUUGCUACUAACCCGGUUUUCCACGAAAGAACCAAACAUAUCGAGCUUGAUUGUCACCAAGUCCGUGAACGACUUCUCAAAGUUUGUUACGAGUUUGUUAGAUCAUCGUCUCUCUCGUCUCUUUCUCUCUCUCUCUCGAGCUCAAGCUCCAUCUUCUCUAUCAUCCACGGAAGCUGUUCCGUCUCCGACGCUCAUGUCCGCUCCUCCGUGGAAGGGUUCUCCGGCUGCCCAUCGGCGUUGGAGCUUGCCGCUUUGUUGGGAGUCGAUCUUGGAGGGAGGAAAGAUGAGAAGGAAGGGUCGAUGACGACGAUGACGAUGGAGAGUUUCGGGAUGCAGUUGGAUUCGUGGGUUUCUGGAUCUAACGUUUUGCAAGAGCUGGUCGUGCCUGUCCCUAAGGAGACGACGACGACGACGUUUAAGAAGCGUGGCUCUAGCUGCGGGAGGUAUAAGCAGGUGUUGUGCAAACAGCUUGAGGAGUUACUCAAGAAUGGUGAUGGUAACUGUGACGGAGACGGAGAAGCAAAGGAGGGGCUUAUGGUUCCCGAGAUGCAAGAGAGAUUGGGCAGGGCGAGAGAUGCAGAAGAAUUCAAUAGCGUUGGAGAAGUUAUCCAGCAGCCUGAAACGACGUCGUUUACUUCUUUGCUGUGGAAUGCUGAUAAUCCUAGUGGUGGCCGGACUACUCAGAUAUGGGAUUUUAACUUGGGACAGUCAAGAGACACUAAAGAUGCUUAUGUAACAAAAGAUGCUAAAUCAUUCAAAAUCAACAGCUUUGUUGACCUCAUGAAUGAUACUUGUUCCACUAAACCAAAAGGUGUUAAACAGAUUUGCAAGGAUGAUGAUUACUAUCGACCAACUUCGAGCCACGUACCUGCAACAGCUGAGAGCAACAAUCUUCCGCUUACCUUUAGCUCUGAGAAAGGCUCAAACUCCUCCAGUGAGUUACGUUUCACUGAAAAAACUGACGGAGCUAGCUGUAAGACCACGAGAGUAGUGGCAACCAAGGCUGAUCUUGAGCAGCUGGCUCAGAACAGAGACAAUGCAAUGCAACGUUACAAGGAAAAGAGGAAAACACGGAGAUAUGAUAAGACGAUAAGGUAUGAAUCGAGGAAGGCAACAGCUGAUACAAGGUUGCGUGUCAAAGGCAGAUUUGUGAAAGCUAGUGAAGCUCCUUAUCUUUGAAAAGUCUCUUUAUAUAGGUUCUCCUAUUCGAUUAUAAAGUUUGCAACUUUUUUUGUCUACUUCCCCCUGCCACGAAAAUGUAUAUAUUAGAACGGUCUUGUUUCACUUGGCCACCUUUGUCGUUUUGUGUGUUGUAUCUGGCCUAUUUUAUUGUACCCUGUAAACUUCUCUAGGUGAAAAAGGAUCAUGUCUUAAGUCUUGUAGGAGCAAAUGAUCUGUUUACUGUUUAUUGAUCCAAUCCUAAAGAUUUGAAUUCUCA